GCAUCUCUCCCUGCAAGAAUCAAACUAAAAUGGGUAGAAAACCAGCAAGAAAACCUUGUUUUUUCAAGAUAUUGAUUGGCGAAGAUUUCACCGAAAGGCUCGGGAUUCCAAGAAAGUUUAUUAGGAAAUUUGGAGAAGAUGUGUCAAGUGUUGCAGUUCUCAUGGUUCGGGAUGCUAAUAUCUGGGAUAUAGGAUUGAGCAAGGACGCCGAUGGCAGGGUUUGGCUCCAGAAUGGUUGGCAAGAAUUUGUUGAAUAUUACCGUCUGUGUGAAGGGAAAAUUCUCUUCUUCAGAUAUGAUGGAGAUUCUUGUUUUUGUGUUUUUAUAUUGGACAUGUCUGAGAUACAGUAUCCACGUUAUCCGAAGAAUUAUGAAGAAGAGAAUCUCGACAAAGGGAAACUUGUAGACAAGGGGGAAAGACAAGAGGAGGAUUGCAUGGAAUUCUUGGCUGAGUUUCCUACCCGUACUUAUUCACAAAAGGUCAUUGAUGGAUGCGAUAAUCAAAGAACGGCCAAAGCGAGUACUGAUAAUACGCCAUUGCAGAGGCAUUCAUGUCAGCCCUUUAAUGGAGAUAAAACUUGCUCGGAGAUGCUGCCAUCUAAACCCGCUAUUGUUGCUACAUAUAAAAGAAAGAAAACUGAAGAUAAUGGAAAGUUGAGAACAUUAGCUGCUGGGAAUGCAUUCAAAUCAGUCCAACAGAACAAUCCUCAAGACAAUGCAUUCAAUUUUGAGAAUGAAGUUGGGGUGGCUCCAAAUCAUUCCAUCACUCCCGAUCGGAUGAAUGACAACCAUCAAAAAUCGACUAAGAACACAAAGAAUGUCCUGUCAUUUGCUCCAUUUUCAUCUAGGGAUGUGGAUCUCCAGCUGGUCAAUGGGAGUGAACAAACAGAGACUCCUAGAAAUGAUACUGAAUCACCUUGUCCAAAGCCAAAAUAUGGAAAUGGAGAAAUUUCAUCACCAGAGCAAGAGAACCAAAUAGCUCGGAAUGCAGGUGGAUAUACUUCAUCCACGGAACACGAGGUGAGCGAAGUCACUGCUAAUAUUAGGGCACGAUCUAAAGUUUCUGUGUCAAAGAGAAAGUCAGUGGUAAAUGAAGAAAAAUGUGGAGUAAUCUAUGGCCAUCAGUUCCAGUCUGAGAAUCCUUUCUUCACCGUCAUCAUGGAAUCAUGGCAUCUGUGCAAAGGACCUAGUUUGGUGAGUAACAUGAAUAUACAAAUGGCACAAAUUGUUACAGUUUCUGUGUCAAAGAGAAAGUCAGUGGUAAAUGAAGAAAAAUGUAGAGUAAUCUAUGGCCAUCAGUUCCAGUCUGAGAAUCCUUUCUUCACCGUCAUCAUGGAAUCAUGGCAUCUGUGCAAAGGACCUAGUUUGAUGGAAGAAAGUGGAACGUCCGGUUCAUUUACAGAAGAGGUCGGGCUAGGAUUAGCAAAGGUUGUUCUGCAUUUGCUCGGGACAAUAACCUGGAAGAAGGAGAUUGCUGUGUCUUCGAGCUUACUAAAACCAACAACAUUGAGAUGAAGGUUUCUAUAUUCCCAUUUCCAUUUCCACAUCGUUGAAAUCUCUUAUCAAUAUUCCGGCUUCUCCUUCACUAUUGCAUCUUAUUUUCUUUUGAUCUCACUGAUCUGAUUUAGAUGCAUGGGUUCGACAUCCUGCUUCCUAGUUGCUAGUAAUUAAGCUACAAAAUAUAAAGAUGUACUGUCCGCAGGUGCCAAUUCACAGGGUGGGCGUUGGUGCAUAGAGUGUAGGUUGUGGUCCUUUGUUCUGCAUCGGACAGAUUUUUAUAAGUCAUGUCUUUUCCUUAAUUACUCCCUCAGUAUCAGAUUCCUCGGGAGUCAGGAC